GUUGGGAUCUUUAGGAGAUCAAUCAUCAGUUAGUAUUCAGACUCUCGAGAGUUGUAAAAGUGAAAAGUUCUUUCGAAAUCCAAAGAAUCUCAAUUCAAAAUGAUCUCAGUGAAAGUUGUGUUCGUUCUUGCCUGUGCCAUUUCUGCUGCGUACUCCUUUGAAUAUCCUGAAAUUGAGGAUAUUGAGGAGUAUGCUCCUGUCGAUCUCUCUGAGGAUGUCGUGUACUUGGUGCCACUGCCAGUGGCUAGAAAUCGGGUCAGGCGGCAGACGGUAUUUGGGGGAGUGACUCCUGGACAGGGAGGAGGAGUGACGGGAACUCUUGGAACUCGUGGGACUCUGUAUGAGAACAGGGGACACCGAGUUGACGGUCAUGCAAGUGUUUCUCGCCAAUGGCAUCCGACAGGACCUACAAGCGUAGGAGGAGGACUGGAUUACACAGGACCAAGAGGAUCAGCCUCAGUCAAUGCCCAACAUAGUCAUCGGUUCGGUACCAGCCUCAGUGCCGAAGGUAGGGCCAAUCUCUACAGAAGUCCCAAUGGAAGGACAUCCCUGGACGCUACUGGAGGCUACCAGCGUCACUUCGGAGGUCCCUUCGGCACAUCCAAGCCAAACUACAACGUCGGUCUGGGACUUUCACAUCGUUUCUAAAUUUUAACAAACUGAAAGAAACUUUUUGGCCAUAAUUUUACAUGUAAAUAAAACAAAUGAACAUUUUUAGUAAAAUAAAUUUAUUCAACAAUUUUUUGUAACAAAA